AUUUGACAUGUGAUCGCACAUGUGACAUGUGACAGAUCAGCUGAUUAAUGGCUAACGAAAACAUGGUGCAUUUUUCUGUUCAACCCCAGGAAAAUAAUAAAAAUAACAAGAAUAACGAAAUGGAGGUGGACAAUAAUGAAGACGAAACCCUAAAUCCAGAAGAAUACCAAGCAUUGAACAACAAAUUGGAUCAAUUGAAUUCGGUUUUGGAUUCUCUGGAAAGGAAAAACGAUGACAUUCACGCUGAGCUGAAGAGUUUAUUGGAAUCGAAUCGGAAAUUCCGAAAGCAAAUUCAAGAGGCUGGUCAAGAAGAGUAAUUAAGAUUUGUUAUUAAUUUUAUUAGCUAAUUUUUGCGAAAAAAACAAGAAAAAAAUGUAGGAGAAGAAAACUAUUCAAUUUUCGAAUUCAGAAAUAUGAAAAUAGUUUUAAUUUAAGUACAAAACACUACAUUCUUGUAGUUUUUAAAUAAAAUGCCGCAUUUUACUUAUAGAAAAAUAACAGAUUUUCAAAAGUGAUACAA